AUGACAAAGAAAGAGUUAGACGGGAUCGAUCCUUAUCUGAACAUCACACUGGACAAUGGUUUGGUAGUCAAAAAGUAUCUUAAAACUGACUUAAUAGUUCAAUGGGAUUUGCCAGUGACCUGUGAUGAGAUGUAUUACGAAAGUAACCGGCAAAAAGAUGUAUCUAAGAAUAUAUCUUUACAUCAUGACAAAGUCGUGACGAUCAUGCAGGAAUAUUACCAUCAGAAUGUAUAUAUAAAGGAGGACCACAAUUCUACAUAUAUAAUGCCAUACAGCUGCUUGCCUCCCAAAUCUUCAAAAAUAACGCAGACAGUUGUAAUGAUAAUAUCAUUGGUAUGCAUGGUUCUCACAAUCAGCGUUUAUCUCUACCUAAAAGAUCUGAGAAACUUGCUGGGAAAGUGCUUCAUCUGCUAUUUAGUGAGUCUAUUUAUGGCCUAUCUCUUCCUGGUGCUGGACUUGUGGGAUUUAUCAAAUGAUUUCUGCGUUUCAGCAGGUUACAUGGGCUACUUUUUUGCCAUGUCCACGUUCUUUUGGCUUUCUGUGAUCAGCUUACAUCUUUGGAAUGCAAUCAGUGGAAAUUCUUUCUUAACCAAUUGUUUCCUAACAACAAAUGAAUUUCUAACCUACAACACAUAUGCCUGGGGCAUGCCAAUAACCUUGACCUUUGUCACCUUUAUAGCUAAUGAGUUUGUAAAGAACGAAGAAUGGAAUCCUCGUGUGGGCUACAAAAUGGAUUGUUGGGUUUAUACUUACGAUUGGUCGGCCGUUAUUUACUUUUAUGGACCAAUGCUUUUCCUAAUUGCUUUCAACAUGAUCAUGUUUAUCUUGACGGCUUUUCAAAUAACUAUGGUUAAGAGGAUCAUUAAAAACUUUGCCAUUAAGCAAGACAGGGAGCACAAGAUUUGCAUGGAUAAACAAAAGUAA